AAUGAAAAAAAGCCACUUCCCCCUUCCCACCCUGGAUGCUGUCAUGUGCAUCCCUCCCCAGCUGUGAGAGAAACAGGGAGCCUUGCAGCAUUUGAAGUCACUUUUAACACAGCAGACUUGAUAUUUGCAAGUUCCCUGCCUUGACAGCAAUCACCAUGGAUAGUGUGUUCUUAACAGAGGACAAAGCCAACUCYGUGUUAAAAAGAUACCCAAGAGCCAACACGUUUCUGGAAGAAAUAAAGCAAGGUGACAUAGAACAUGAAUGCAGAGAAGAAAUCUGUAGUUAUGAAGAAGCAAGAGAAGCAUUUGAAAAUGAGGARAAAACGAAGGAGUUCUGGAAAGUCUACAAAAACGGACUCCAGGGAGAAAGUAACACAGGACAUAGCUGGUAUUCAUUUUACCUUGCAUUUCCAUUAAUCAUUGGCCUUUUUGUUAUCCUCAUUGUCAUUUUUGUCAUCUGGASAUGCCUGUUUAAAAAGAAAAUGCGUAGGCAGUCGGUGUACGUGCACAGGGGAGCCCACGGAGCGCUGGGCGAUGGUGCUGACGGCAGAGGGCCCCUCCCGCCGCCUCUCAGCAUUGUUCAUUCCCCACAGGAGGAAAUGUAUGAAGUCAGUGGGCUCUCUCCAGGAGGUCUGAGCUAUUCGGAUGCACGGUCAGACUCAAUAUCCACAAGGCUCUCAAACUGUGAUCCUCCUCCCUCCUAUGAGGAAGCCACUGGGGAAAUCAGUGUGAGAAGAAGCGAAACUGAGCAGCAUUUAGAUCCACCCCCACAAUAUGAAGACAUUGUGAAUUCCAGCUCAGCCGGUGCCAUUGCACUAACUCCCAUUGUCACCAGUACUAAAUAAACCAAGAAGAAUGCCAUGGACCUUUUAAAAAUCAGUAAUCAUUUUGUAGCACUUUAUCUUGGCUUAUUAUGCAUUUCCGUAAUUUAACGGACUUGUACAAUGAAUUUCACCUUUUUUAGGUUCACUCUGUCUUUGGAUUUGGGGUUUUUUUUUUUUCCCAUAGAAGGUUAAAAAAAAAAAAAUCUGUAUUGAGAGUGUAGUGCAGAUACAGAUGUGGUGCUCUGUCAUAUUUCUCACAAGUACCUCUGUUUUAAAGGAUGUCACUUGUUUUAUUCCAAACAUUGUCCACAUUCCCCACAAGAUUGGUAGGAUCCCCCUCCUCUUUCUUACUGCAGACGGUCAGAAUUCCCUGCAAUAGGGAAUYCUUAAGCAACAUUUUCAUAGUUAUCACACUAGAGGGGACUGAUUUUGCAGUAUUGYCUCUUGUUUGGUUGGUUCCUUUUUCUCACUUGGAUUUUUGUUACAUGCUGCACCCCUCCCCUGGCCCUCGGGAGGCUGGGAGACUUUGUGUUCAAACCAGGAUCUCRUGUAGAGAAUGCUGGUGUAAGAGCAAUAAUUGCAGAGUCCUAGCAGGAGAGGUGUAUUCUAAAGCUUUUGGUAUUACAGCUCAAAAUUCUGUAAAUGUUUAGAAGCUGACAAUUCAAGACACUAAUUGGUGAAUUUAUUGGUUUAGGUUUUUGUCUGUGUUCUGCCUUUCCUGUUUCCCUAUCUGGUUUUACUUUGUAUUCUAGAGGUGACAAGUGUGCAUAURUUAACUUCAGAACUCAAAAGUUCAUGCAACAGUUUUACUGAAGUACUCAAGGGUGGAUAAAAUCCUGAUCAUGGACUUCCUACUGGGACCAGGAUGUUAUCUAUAGCACAUAAACCCAAAGGCAUUACUUUCCUUUUUAAAAGGGGAAAAGGAAAGAAAUUCAGUGUCUGUGACUUCCUUUUUUCCCCAACUAUCAAAACCUUCCUUAAGGUUCUCCCAGCUGUGAACCCCUUCCUCAAAUUCUCAGAUUCUCUUGCCUACUCACAUGUACCUUGUCUGCACCUUCUAUUGGUGCCUGUGGAAAUUCUUUGCAGAGAAUAAAGAUCCCUUUUUUAACAAAAACUACAUUUAGUGCUUAUCCAUUCCAGCAAGGAAUUCUAAGAACACACAGACAUAACCCCAAGCAUUAGUGUGGAAUGRCUUUUUGAGGCUGAAGAGAUGGAUGCAAGUUAUUUACAGGCCUGUGCAGAAUUUUAUCCACCUGCUUUAGAUGCGGAUGAUAGUUAAGGUGGUAGAAAUUUUAGUGUGGUGGUUCUUUUUUCACAGGUUGAUUUAAAAGUAAAAUUGCUUGGUUUAAUUUCUGAGUAUUAAGGUUCAGUUUUCUUUCUUCCCAUGCCAAUGUAGCAUGGCAUUAGCUUAGUGCUGUUCUGUGUUCUACUAAUCAAUUAGCACCAAAUUAAAUAUAUUGAGCCCUGAAGAACUAAAUUAUGAUAUAUUGGCUUUCUUACAACAGAAACCCAAACUGUCUUGUUUCAAAUAUCCCAAAUGACUGCCAUCUCUUUAUGUCCCUCUCAUGGGGGCUUGGCCCAUCUUUUCCCAAAGGAUUUUUGUGGCAGGAGACUGGAAGGAAAUGUAUGGUUAUAGAUGAGUGUGCAUGUGCACACUUUGAUAAGAAUAUGAUCUAAUAUUCUUGACAAGAAUAUAUUGACAGGAGGAUUCAGGAGCUUUAUUUUUGGCAGAGAGUAGGUUGCCUACAUUGCCUGCUGGGGAUCUUCAGCUGCUAAGGCAARUUGUAUUAGAGAUGAGCUCCUGGCCAAACUCCUGACUCCACUGUCAAAAGUAUAGCUCUUACAUAUAUUCAUUAUAUAUAAUAAAUAUAUUAAGAUAGAUGGGUAAGUACAAUAUGUUUUGGACACUUGUAGUAAAGAUUGCCUGGGUCUUGUUUGUGGACUGUGAGACCUUUUCUUUUGAAGUGGUUUUAGCUYUUGUGAUUCCYRAAUU